CUGGGCAGGGGUGGCUGAGCCCCUGCACUGCCAGCCAGCAGCAGGCACUGCCCCUCGGGCACCGCUUUCGGGUUGCAAAGCGCCCGCAGGGGUUACUUCGGCCCUUGGUGCUUUUCCGUCGGGCAGCAGGAGGGCGGCGGGGAUGAGCCCGGCUUUGUAGGUCAGAAAAUGAAGGUGCGGGGCAGCGAGGGGACUGGGCUGGGUCAGCCCGUGAGUCAGUGGCAAAGGAGGGACCGGCGCGGCAGAGGCUUUAUUAGCUGAUGAAGGGGUGGAGCGAGGAGCCACGCUAAGAGGUGGCAUCGACCGAGCGGGAUCCGGCUGCUCCUGCUCGGCACAAGCCCCAGGACCCCGACCCGCCGGCCAUGCAGCCCCUGCCCCUUUCCUCCUCCUCCUCCUCGCCAAGCCCCUGAGGGGCUGCCGAGCCCCUCGCCUUCCGCCGCAGCCCCAGACUCGCCCACGGCGCAGCCAGGAAGACGAUGGAGCAAGGUAUUGCACAAAAUGGAUCACAUGAGUUUCCCUGAGAAGCCCAUGAAGCCCUGCUGGCAGCUCCAGACAUGGUAUAAACCACAGAGAGAUCCCAACGGGACUAUCUUCUUGGGCUGAUCAAGCUGCAGCAACGGAGACACUUCUCCAACAGCCUGGCAAGAGCAGAGAUUUGGAUUCCAGGCAGCAGAGCAGCCUUCCCCGUUCCUCUGGUACGUCCUCUCCUCCUCACCACAUGUCCUGCUUUGGGCCAACCCUGGGCUGUUGGAAACGCAGUGACGCCCCCUCGUUAAUGGGGCUCUCCUCCCAACAGCGUUAACCCUCAGCUAAAGGCUUUGGCUGAACCAUGUCUGAAGAGCCCGUGCGGAAGGACAGCGAGAUCAGACACCCCAUCCCCAGCAUGGGCUGCGGACACAAGGACGACAAAGCCAGCCUGGCUUCCAGCCAGAUAGUGUCAUUUGGCCACCAGCCUCAUCACCCCCCUUCCACUCCUGCCUCCAAGGAAGUAUGGAAGAAGGGAGGCCGCAUGUUCUCCAUCCUGCUGGCCGUGCACUUGGCCCUGCUGGCCUGCACGCUGGUGAGCAGCGGGGCUUUUGAGAAGAUCGCUGUCCACGAUUACGACGUCUUCUUCCUGCUGACUGUCAUGAUGCUGAUAGUCAUCAUCUGGAUCAUCUUCUACUUCGUCGGCACCUCCCGCUGCCCAGGUGCCAUCCUCUGCAAAGACUCCCACGCUGGGCCCAUCUGGCUGAGAGGAGGCCUGAUCCUAUUUGCCAUUUUCAGCCUUGUCAUGGAUGUGUUCAAAAUAGGAUAUUACUCGAGCUUCUACAGCUGCCUGUCUGCAAUCAAAAUCAUCUACCCCAUUGUGCAAGCAAUAUUCGUGGCUGUCCAGACAUACUUCCUGUGGGUCUCUGCCAAAGACUGUGUCCACGUACACCUGAACGUUACCAGGUGUGGCUUGAUGCUAACCCUGACCACAAACCUGGCAGUGUGGAUGUCAGCAGUGACAGAUGAGUCUGUUCACAAAGCACAUUCAAAGUUGAAGAAGAACGUGACAGAGGAGAUCUUCAGAUGGCUCCUGAAAGCGGGGAUGAGGAGCAGCUCAGCAGCAGAAUGUAACUGCAACAGCCAGAUCUGCCAGAUCUUCAAGAAUGGCUACUUCUGGCUGUACCCCUUCAACAUUGAGUACAGUCUCUUUGCCUCUGCCAUGGUCUAUGUGAUGUGGAAGAAUGUUGGACGCUUCAUAGACCAUCACUCCCACCACAUCCACCGCCUGAAGUUCAGGCUUUUCCGAAGGACCUUCUUUGUAGGCAUCAUGUUGGGCCUCAUCCUCCUGGUGAGUGGUUUGGGAGUCCUUGUUCUUUAUGAGGUGCAGGUAAACUCCAGCACUGAAUCCAGCAAGAAGAGCCAAGCACUCACCAUGUACUACAUCUUCAACAUCGUUUGUCUGGGCCUCAUGUCCCUUGUCUGCAUCGGUGGCUCUGUCAUCUACCGGUACGACAAGAGAGACAUGGAUCGGCACAAGAACCCAACCAGGACCCUGGACGUGGCCCUGCUGAUGGGUGCAGCCUUGGGACAAUAUGCCAUUUCUUACUACUCCAUUGUGGCCAUCGUAGCCAGCACACCCAGGGAUGCCAUCAGCGCGCUGAACCUCACCUACGCCCUCCUCAUGAUAGCCCAGCACACCUUCCAGAACAUCUUCAUCAUUGAAGGCCUUCAUCGGCAGCCCCCCAAGGAGGACCCCAAGCAUGAUUGUCACCAGAAGGGCCUCUAUGGACUCACCUUUGUCAACAUCAACGCCGUGUCCCUCCGUGUGCCCGGCGGUGGCAGCACCUUGUCCCCUGGCACAGCUGCUGGCCCCGAAGCCACCCACCCCUCUGACCCCGUGCAGCCCCUCACCGCCCACAAGAAGAUGAACUGGAGGAGGAAGGUCUUAAGGGAGAUCUCCAUGUUCCUCCUGCUGAGCAAUAUCAUACUCUGGAUCAUGCCAGCGUUCGGUGCCCGGCCCCAGUUUGACAAUGACACAGAACUGAACUUCUAUGGUGACUCCAUGUGGCCAGCCAUCGUGGACAUCUGCCUGCCCUUUGGGAUCUUCUACCGAAUGCACGCAGUGGCCAGUUUGCUGGAGGUCUACAUCAUGUCCUAAAGAACUCUCUCCCAAGGAAGAGGAGAUCCUCCUCAACCAAUCCACCUUCAUCUUACCCCAGGGCUGGGAGACUGCCCAGAUGACCCAAGGGGUCCCCAGCACUGCCUGUUUCUUUGCAGUGCUGGGGCACUUAUGAACUGUCAGUGAAGAUCACCCAAACAUAGUCCAGAUUCUAUUUUUGCUACUCCUGUGUGGAUGUGCACGUGUGUUUCUCAAGUUCUUAAAAGAUACUAGAAGGAAGGUGUCCAGGGUAGGACCAUGGUAAUUACCUUUGGUUCAUGCAGAGACUCACCUUCCUUCUGAAGAGCCUGUGCAGCCCAUGCCACUGAUGGGCUCUCCAGCAGGUGCUCAGCACCCUUGGACAGUCAGUGCCUGCAGGCAGAGACCUGGUGGGUACGAGGGGUGACUCAGGCAUGGAAGGCAAAAAAGGGAAAAACCACUUCAGCUUCUGGUACGGCCAGUUGGAAACCACUCCCCUGCAGAGAUGUGAAAAACAAACCAGUGACCACCAAAAAGCUUUGGAAAAAGGUUUUACUCUUUCCUCUCCAUGUUGCUUGUUUAUAUUAGCCCUCUUGGCCCUUCCCUGUCUCAGCCCCUGCUGUUCCCCUUCCUCUCCAGGGGGGCAUCACUUCUGCCAAGGGGGUUUGCUCACUGGAGCCUCCUCAUCCCAAGGGACACGUCUCCAGGAGCUGUGCCUGUGGUCCUGGGCUGGCCCUGACAUGGGAUUGCUCUAAGCACACUUUCCCCCCCCCAGUUUUCCUGAAUCAGGGCUCAAAAACCACAAGGAUCACUGUGCAAUGCAGGCUGGGGAAUGAGAGAGAGCUAUUUUUAUUUUUUAUUUUUAACAGAUAAUGAUUUUUUUUUAAUAUAUAAGCUUGUUUUUGUACACAGAGUUAUUUAUUGAUUUUCACUGUAUCACUGAGCUCCUGAAGGGACCUUCUGUGCCCUACGACACAGAAAUCAACCCAGUGCCUUGGCCAAUUUGAUCUCCUGUGCCCUGAAGGGAUGCUGGUGCUGCACCCUCAAGCCUGAGCAGGUGCUGAGGUUGGGAGCACAGCCCCCCCAGGCAGCCCCAUGUAGCAGUGGGGGGGUUUCUGGGUGCCUGCAGCUCUCCAUGAACCACAGUAUGAUUGAGGUGGCUUUCAGAGCAGGACUUCUGGGCUGCAGGAGGUAGAAAUGGGCCCUUCUGUUUCAUCCAAAGUUCAAGGGGAACUUCAGAAAGCUCCCGCUGCCAGGCUGGGAGGGUUCCUGCCAGGAUGGCACAGCCGAGUUUGGUCUGUACCCUGAGACAUCCAGGUGUGUUGUUCCAAUCCAGAACCCUGCGGAGGUGGCAGAAAUCAUCAGGCCUUUUCCUUACGGAUGUGUGUGCACCAAAGGAAAAUAAAUA